UCGUGUACAUUUUACUACAAAAGUUUCCCACACCGUUUGAUAAUCUGAGCUAUGUCUAGUUAUGUUUUAUUUGUUGUAUACAUCACUAACGAAGAUGUCAUCAAUGAAACUAAAUGUGAACAAGUGCAAACUGAAAAUACGGAACCAGUGAACGAGGUCUUCAAUAAUAUUGAUUUUGCUGAUUGUGAAAUUGAUGCUGUUCCUGAAACACCUGAGGCUGGUGAUCAGGAAACAGAGGAGCCUGUGUUUAUUCAGAACAAUGUCACAGUAAGAUUUGCAGAGACAGCUUAUGGCAAUCCUGAGGUUACAGCGGCAAGAGUUGGAGAUGUCAGUGGAGGUGAUGAUGCAGGGGGAGGAGAAAGUAAUGGAGGGAGAAGAGGAAGUAACGACAGAGGAGGAGAAAGAAGUAAUGGAGGAGGAGGGGGUAAUGGAGAAGGAGAGGGAGGUACUGACAGAGGAGCAGGAGGGGACCAUGGCACUGAUACUGGUGAUAGUGGAGAUGGAGGAAGGUUACCUGAUGCUGGGAUUGCAAAUGGAGGAACUGGUUUGAAACGCUUCUUGUCAGUUCAUUCAUUGAAACAGGAUGUCGUUGAAAAGCUGAAGCAGCUAAGUGUGAAGAAUGCAGUUUGGCAGAAGACACAUGAUAACUCCCUACAUCAAGUGACCUUCAUUCAAGAGUCUGGAAACCGAUGUGAACAAAUCCUGGAUGCUCUCACAGAGGUCGGAGUAGGAAGGAUUGCUGGCUCUUCUGUUUGUGUAUUCCCAAGUUCAAUCAACAUAGUUAAGGACUUGGAAAGUGAAAAAGGUUCCGAAGAAGACACUGGCCCUGAAGUAGAUUUGGAGGCUUUGGCUGAAGAAAACAAAAGUGAAUUCAAAAAGUCAAUCAAGUCUCGUUUGGUUGUUAAUCAGGUGAUUGAAUCUGUUGAAAGCAAUGCACAGUUUACAUUUGAUUAUUUGAUGCUUAUCAUUUUAGCAAGUAUAAUAGCUGGAAUGGGUUUGGCAGAGAACAGUUCCGUGGUCCUUGUUGCCAGCAUGCUCAUAUCACCUCUCAUGGGACCCAUCCUGGCUGGUGUAUUUGGAACUAUGGUUAGUAACGAUGAAUUGCGAAAUCUUGGCUUCAAGUCAGAGAUUAUUGGACUUGGUAUCUGUGUUGUUAUUGGUUUUCUGUUUGGUUUGGUAACUGGUGGUGUGGGUUUGAAAGGAGCCGCAUGGGGAAGUACUAAUAUGUGGCCUACUAGUGAAAUGGCUACACGAGGACAGUUGAGAAGUCUGUGGUCAGGAGCUCUGAUAGCUCUGCCGUCUGGAGCUGGGGUUGCGCUGUCUGUUCUCGGUGGUAAUGCAGGCUCGCUGGUUGGUGUGGCAAUAUCUGCGUCUUUACUGCCUCCUGCAGUCAAUGCUGGGAUGCUGUGGGCUUAUGCAAUCCUUGCUGGAAUUGUCCCACCACAAGUCACGGCCACUAACCACCUGUCUAGUGCUCUGAAUAGCACUCGGAUUAAUAACACUGUUAUAGACAGUACCGUCACCGUCCUUCCUCCGAACUGUCUGAAGUUUGAAAACAAUGACUAUGUACCAGUUCAUAGCUGUGACAUGGCAACUGAGGCAGCCAUUUUGGGAGCCAUUAGUCUUCUUCUUACCAUACUCAACAUUGUCUGCAUCAUCCUUAUGGGAAUUUUUAUGCUUAAGAUCAAAGCAGUGGUUCCUUCUCCAGCUACACUGCAAGAAGAAUUCUUUCACACAGACAUGAUGAUCUAUAAACAAUCUCAUGUAACAAUGAAAGGAAAAAAAUCUGUUGAAAUAGGAAAGAUGUUUUGUGAAGAGUAUAAAAAGUUAGCUAAGAAGCAGAAAGAUGACAAAGAAGACGAAUCGUAUAACAAACAAGAGCAAAAGGAGGAGAUUGACAAGAGUGAAGAAGAUGACGAUGAUGAUGUUAUUUCUUCUGUUAAAUUGUUGUUUUGUCGAGAAGCUCUUGAGGAAUUGGAACAGAGUUAUGAAGUAAAAGAAAUCUUGCGACGAGUGCCAUAUGGAAAAAAACCUGUUCCCAUCUCAUUCCGACUGACUCCUGUGUUCGAUGAAGCGGAAACAAACUUUCAUCGACUGAUAUCCUUAAAAACUGAAAAUUCUAACUCCUCUUAUCACACAAUACACGCAUUCAACUCUUCUGUCUUGAAUCCAGCCAAACAGAAGUUCAUCCCUCUGACUCCACAGCCCAUGACUGCAAGAUCACAGAAGUUUAUCUUUCCAACAAGACCUCUCUUGAGAAGAAGAACGUACCAAAGUAUUCCAAAGGAAACCAAUGUUACCUUGUCUACUAUAAAUGAAGAAGGUGCCAAAAGUGCUGUUCCCACACAGCGGAAGUUUAUUGUUAAAACAUUCAAAGAGGAAGGAAAUGAUCCAAAGACUACCAACCAAAAGCAGUCAGGCACUGGUGACCAAAUUGAAGAACUUCCAUUGUUACCUUAGGUUAUUUUGAAGAAUCUGUGAUUAUUUUCCUUUUGGUUAUUUUGAUCGGCAUUUGAAUAUAUUGAUGCAUAGGGGACAGAAUCAUCACACAUAAUCAGAAACAAUUCUAAAGCUGGAAGGGCCAAGCCUCUUUCACCUCCCCCAGUUGAAAUGAAAGACAAUAUCUAGUUUUAACUCCCAACAGUUCACUAGAAUGUAGCUCACAAAUCUCUAUGUUUGUAGAAAUGGUUUUAAAACAGCUAGAGUUGAUUAUAAACAUUCUAAAUUGUUUUAUAGCAAUUAUGUGAAUAUGGAUGUGUAUAAUAUAUAUAUAUAUGUGUAUGUGUGUGCGUGUAUAUAUAUAUAUAUACAGUUAGAUCUUGUUACAACGAUCGUCGUUACUACAUUUACACCAUCUGACAACAAACUGUCAGGAACGAACGAACAUACACCAAUGUUAUUCUGUUUAUUACACCGGAAUUCAUACCUUAGACACCGACAGAGCAAAUUAGGAACAAACUUGCACACAACGUCUAAAAACACCUCUUUACAACGACAUUACAUAAUCACAGAUGCCGUAGUACAUUGGCAGUACACACAGCCAUUUGUCAUCGUUGAUCACGUCGUGAGCCAACAGUGUCACAUGAUGUCUGAGUUACCGAUGUCGACUAACUCUAGACGUGUAUUGCUUUUGAACAUAAGCCUUUAGUCAUUCAAUUAAAGGAUUAACUUCAAAUAAUCAAGUCUACUAGUUUCAUGAAAUUUUGUAAACGAAGUGGGUACCAAUCAAUCAUCUUCAUAAAUCAAGGCUAAUAUUCGUUCCUCGUAUUCAGCCUUGAUACAUGUAGUCAAGAUUACUGAUAUCCACUACUAGCGCCCUCUAUUGGAAGAAAAUUUGUAACACCGAUUAUGUCCCUUACAUCUCUGACCAAUCACAGCAUCGGUAACAUGCGACAAUCUUGAAAGCAAUAUCAGUGUUCGCCCGCCAACAUGGAGUUUACAUAACAAGGGAAUCUAUAAGGAGCGUUGCGAUUUGUUGCAAUCAGAUCUCAUCGCAUCCAAUGAAAUUUAAGCAUUUUGUGGCAUGAUUUCUUGACGACAUGUAUCAAGGCUGAAUAUGAGGAACGAAUAUUAGCCUUGAUUUAUGAAGAUGCCAAUCGAUUAGAUCGACUGUGAAUGAGCUUUGAUUAAUAAUAAUAUACUUAGUAUUUAAUGAUGGUCUGUGAUCCAUCCCUGUCAGUGGGACCAUUGGGCUAUUUCUCAUUCCAGCUAGUGCACCACGACUGGUAUCUUAAAUGCAUUGGUAUAUGCUAUUCUGUCUGUGGUAUGGUACAUAUAAAUGAUCACUUGCUACUGUCGACACCCAAUAGCCGAUGAUUAAUAAAUCGAUAUAACGACAAUUUCGAUAUAAUGACAAAGUGACCCAGGAAUGAACGUGGUCGUUGUAAUGAGGUCUGACUGUAUAUAUAUAUAUGUAUGACCUCAUGAAAUGUGUGUGUGUGUAAUAUAUAUAUAAUUUUAUAUUUAUCCUAUAACUGACCCAUGAUAUCCAUGUCAUAAACCCAUGUGAUAAUUUUGUGUAUUAACCCGGUUAAUAAUGGUAUGCAAAUUUAAAGGUAUAUUAUGCAAAUUUAUAUGGUCUCUACUUGCUGUUAAUGGGUCAUUUGUUUACCAGGCAACAAUGAGCCUAACGUUUUCAUAAGAUUUAGUUAAAAUGUGUGACGUCAAACUAAUUUGUGCGAAUCGUGAUGACAUUACCGAUGAAAGUGACUUUAGUACUGUAAUUUACUUAAUAUCGAAUGAAAAUGUUUUUUAUUUUAGAAGUGUUAUAGGAUACAUAGAAUUCGCUGCUCGUGUUUUUUAAUAUUUAUUAUAUCAACCUCGUCUAGUUAAUCGGUAUUGGUCUCGGCAGAGCCUUGACAAAUACCGAUUAACGUAGACUCGGCUAUUUUCCAUAUUAAAAAACACUUGUGACGAAUUCUCUAUAUAUGUGCAUAAGACAUAAUAUGACGUCACAUUUAAUAACUGGCUCCUCCAGUUUGGCCUCUUGAGCUGCUAGCAUCUUCCGACGCCUAUGUUAGGGACAGUUCGCAAUAACUAUUAUGAGCAUAAUAUUGUACACUAGGUGUGAAUGUUUGGUUUUCCAGUUGUUUAUUAUCCCCAGCAACAUAGAACUAAGGUGAUGUUGGGUUUGGGGUGAAAGAGGUUAAUGCUAGUGUACACUUUUUAAGACCAAAAAAUUACGGUAAAAUACUGCUUAUAAAUUCAGCAUUUUAAUAUGUUUUUAGUAGUGUGGUAGUGUUGAUAAUUGUGAAUAGCUAGCUCCAUACCAAAAUGUAGGGCAGGAUUUAGCUCAGUCAGUUGAGUGCUUGCUUGAGGUACUUGUGUCGCAGGAUUGAACCAACUUGUUGGAUCCAUUCAACUGACUGUGAUUUUUCUUGUUCCAACCAGUGCACCAUAACUGG